AUGGACUUCUUCAACUCUGCACUUGGGAAAAAUAUUACCUUUGUGCGCCCUGCAUAUUUUAUUAUAAGUGGAUUUGUUGGGAUUCCUAAUAUUAGAUACUAUUAUGUCUUUCUGUUUUUUGUGUAUAUUAUUUCAGUCCUGGCAAACACAGCUGUAAUGGGGGUCAUAUGCUUGGAUCAUAAUCUAAGAACACCAAAAUAUAUUGCAGUAUUUAAUCUUGCAUUGGUGGAUCUGUUAGGAAACACUGCCAUUGUGCCAAAGGUUCUUGAUAUCUUUUUGUUUAAUCACACCCAGAUUCCUUAUAAUGACUGCUUGACAUUCCUGUUUUUCUGCUAUCUUUGCUUUUUCUUACAGGCUUUAAAUCUGGUUGCACUGUCAUAUGACAGAGUUAUAGCUAUCGUUUACCCACUGCAUUAUCCAGUGAAGGUGACUCACAGGUUCAUGAUCUCUUUGAUUACCUCUUUGUGGAUAUUUGUCAUUACUGUGGUGCUCCUUGCAGUUGACUUCCUUACAAGACUUUCCUUCUGUCAGUCAGUUGUUAUUAAAAGUUAUAUCUGUGACCAUGGCCCGAUAUACCGGCUUGCAUGCAAUGACUAUACACCCAGUUAUGUAAUUGCUAAGAUGGUGCCAGUUCUUGUUCUUUGGCUUCCUCUUACAAUUGUUUUGAUCAGUUAUGUGUGUAUUGGCUAUGCUUUAGCUAAAGUUGCCACAGUUCAAGAAAGAAUGAAGGGCUUUAAAACCUGCACAGCUCAUCUUUCAUUAGUUGCAAUCUAUUUCAUCCCAGUAUUAAUCACAUUUACUCUAGGUGCAAACAUAGACCCAAAUGGCAGGAUCAUAAACCUGUCUUUGACCAUGGUCUUUCCUCCAAUGCUGAACCCAAUCAUAUAUGUUCUACAGACACGAGAAAUCAAAAAAUCUCUGAAAAAGUUGUUAAGAAUCAUAACCUCCUUUAAAAUUAGAAAACAGCAGCAACAGGAGGCUGAUUUCAACCCCAAUGGCGCCAAAGGAGGACCUCUGGAGGACAGCUGCAUGGCGGAGGACAGCCGCAUGGCAAGCGGUAAAGACUCUCUGGAGGAUGGUCGCAUGGCCAACGGUGAAGGAAGAGGAGGCCUGGUAGUUGGCGCCAUUGGCGAAGACCCUCAGAUGGCAUAG